CGUCGACCUGAGCUACUCCCCCCUUCUUCUCUCUAUCUCUCUCUCUUUCUCUCUGAGGAGUCAUGGAGUUCGUUCACUUGUUGAUGAAGAUGGUGUCUGCUCCUCUGGCUCUCAUCAUUCUACUAGUAGCCCUCCCUUUCUUGUCAAUUGUAAGAUUCAUCCAUUCUUUCAUAAUUAGGACUCUCUACUGUGAGAAGAUGGCCGGAAAAGUGGUUCUCAUCACAGGCGCUUCUUCUGGGAUAGGCGAGCACCUGGCUUACGAAUAUGCUAAGAAGGGAGCUUUUCUAGUACUUGUUGCAAGGAGAGAAGAGAUGCUUGAACAAGUUGCCAAGAAGGCUGGUCAGCUUGGUUCCCCGGAUGUUUUGGAAAUUCGAGCAGAUGUCUCACAAGUUGAUGAAUGCAAGAGAUUUGUUCAAGAAACUGUGAGACGAUUUGGCCGGUUAGACCAUCUGGUGUGUAAUGCUGGCAUUGCUAGUUAUUGCAAAUUUGAAGAUGGCCUGAUCGGUUUCUCAAAUUUCAGAAUAGCGAUGGAUACUAACUUUUGGGGAUACGUUUAUCCAACUUAUUUUGCAAUUCCUCACCUCAAAAAGAGCAAGGGAAAGAUCAUUGUCAAUGCUUCAGUAGCAUCAUGGUUUAUCACACCAUACGCGAGCUCCUAUGGUGCAAGUAAAGCAGCAUUGGUAAACUUCUUUGAUACAUUGAGAGUUGAGUUAGCUCCGGAGAUUAAAAUAACGAUAGCAGCUCCUGGGUUUACUGAAUCGGAAAUGAUCAACAAUGGCAAAAAUCUCACAAAGGAAGGUGUAGUUGAAGAUAACCCAGAAAUGAUAGAAGUUCUAGUUGGAAAAUUUCCAAUUAGGAGGGUAGGAGUGUGUGCUGAAGCCAUUGUGAAUGGAGCAUGCUGUGGAGAGAGAUACGUGAUCGAGCCAUCUUGGUACAAGAUGUUCAUAAAUUUCCAAUUCUUUUGCCCUGAGAUUGUUGAAUGGUUCAUUGUUCUUUGGUUUUAUAUAACUAAAUCAGACACCUCUUAGAUGACAAAUGGAAGGAAAAAAAUUCUCGAAUGCCAAAGAAAUCAAAGUUCCUCCAUCCAUUAUGAUUUCAACAAUUUAAGCAUAUAGUGUGUGUAAUAAAAUAAGGUUACUUUUAGAUAAGGUUUUACUUUUUGUUUUUUAGAGUAUAAAAGCACUAUGUACUUUUGUGGCUUAGUAAUUAUUGUUGUCAAAACGUGACUUUGAUAAAAGCAUAAAGAAACAAGUGUUUGGUUA